AUGGAUAAUCUGGGAAGCCAUAGUAGCAGCCCUGACAUGUUAGACCAGAUCCAGUCCCUGUCCAAUGGCUAUCUUGUUACACAAAAACAACCAGCUUUGCUUUGUGGUCAUAAUCCAGAGCAAUCAAAUAUGAAUCAUAGUGAGGAUGAAAUAAGGAAAAAUAAUAAGUGGAGAGAAGGAGCCGAAGAAGAAAGGGAAAAGGAUAUAAAAGAUAAACUGGAAGAGGAACAAGAGGAGGUGAAAAAAGAAGGAAAAAUGGAAAAUGAAGAAAGACAUCUGAAGAAAAAAUUAGUCAGUAAACCCCUUAUGGACACUCUCUGGGCAAAGUUUAAGCUAAAGAAAUGCCCCAGCAUAGGAGAUAGUCUUAUGCUUGCAUUUGAAUUUAACAUGACAGAAGACCAGGUAAAUGAGUGGUUUUUUAAAAAGAAGGAAGAAUUCAAUAAAGAAAUGUGUAAGUGGAAACAUAAGAGAAAGCUCAAGAGACUGGAGAGGCUGCCACAGGACACUCUACAGCGCAUAGGAGCACUCACAUCUUUAGAGGCAGUGGCCAUCAGGCAAGAUGUUCCAGCGAAGCCUGCAGAGCGUCCUGCUGCAGAGGCACGUCUUCACAUGUUCACAUCAGGUCACCAGUGCAAUGCCUGUUUUACUGAUGUGGGGGAGAACAGCAGAAACAGGUCUCAGGUCGGCAUUUUAUGA